AUGAGAGGCAGCUCGCUCGCGCAUCUUGACGCCGCCCCUAUCCCCUGGCUCUUGUGGCUCGACGGUCUCGUGAUGCUUCACUUUCGCAUUCAGUUCCAGCAUGAAAUCAAGGCAUUUCUGGUUCCAUAUGACGCACACUGGACGACCGUGACGGAAAAGGUUACCGAGCUCUUUGAUGUUCCGCCGAGCAAUGUUGCCCUGAUCCACAGAGACCGUGAUGGAUCUCUGACGACAAUUCAUAACCAAGAUGAGCUCAGGUCAUACUUGCUUGGUCCUAAGAGUGCUCGUGCUGUCGCUGGUCUCCCGCUCGAUUUUGACCUCAAGGAUUUGAGAGAAUGGAAGUACAGUAUCAUAUCUCACAUUCCCAUGUCGGAGAUUGAGGACACGGAGGAACACGAGAGCAUUACCGAAAUAUUGCAACAAGCGCAUACUGGCAAGUUCACCGACGAAGACUAUACGUUUAUCAACCGUCCUCCAAAUGACCCAACGGACGUGCAGCUCGUGAUUCCAGGAGAAGAGACGCCCUACGCCGUCCCGCGCCAUCUGGGCAUUGGUGCGUCGCCCAACAUGCAGGUAAUGCAGCUCCGUCAAGAGGACGACAACUCGUGGGAUAAAGUUCAAGCGCCAUCUGAGAGAGACGUCGAAGACGAAGAACCAGAAGGCACCGUCCGUAGUGUCGACUAUCCGCAUCUCGAGGAACCGACACGACCUCAAUCUGUCGCGAGUUCUGGGCCGCCACGGAUUCCGUCGAGGGACAAGGGAAAGGGCCGUGCGAUGUCGACCACGAGCUUGGACCCUGUUCCCCUCUACAGUACCGUCGAUGUCGACGUUGCGUCGAAUAGGUCGGUCAUAAAUAACGACACCCCCAAGAAACCGACGAUACAGAUCCCAGAGGCUCCCCGUGACAUGGGUCCCAUCCCGCUCAUUUCGAAUAUCGUCAAAAAGAUGAGCUUGGAGAGCGGCGCGGGAGAGUCUACUCGACAGCAGUCGGAUGAAGGCACGUACGGGACACUGAUUACCCAGCUUGUGUCUCUUGUCGAUGUCGUCACGCAGUUGCUCGAGGACGAUGGGGUCGCGCAUCAGCUUCGUGGCACCUGGGAGGGCAUGGCACUGAAAUCAGCCAUUACGCCCAUGUCUGCUUUUCCACCUGGUCAACCAAAGCCCAAGGAGCUCGCGUUGGCUGAAGGGAUUGUCAAAGUGAUGAAGCGCGUGCAAACAAUUGUCGAAGAGGAUCCACCGUCGGAUAUCGAGGAGCAAGAUGGCGAUGUCAUUUGGACACAUCGCCCGACUCCGAGCUCUGCGUUUCCAAAGACUCCUAUCCAUACUGAAAAGAGAACUGCGGUACCAGCACCAGCAUCUGUGCCAGCCGCUGCAUCUGCAAAGUCGUCAAAGCAGCGCCUUGAAGAGGCAAAGGCCUUGUAUAAAGCGGAAAAGGCGAGGUACAGAGCCGAGCGAGAGCAACGUCGCCGUAACAAGCUCGAAUCUCGUGGUUACAAGUAUCCCGACGUGGUGAAUGGAGUCCAAGAGACGGACGAACCACCCAUCGAGGUCAAGCCAGCUCCUCCAGGUCAUCGCGCGUCUUUGAUGAGCGCACCGGACCCAGAUGCGUAUCGUGGUCGUGCAUCUGCUGUCCCACAUUCUGCCAAAGCCGCCUCUACAGUCAAGCCUGCUGCUGGAUCAACGUAUUCCCCGGCGCUUCUGCCGACCACCUCUCCCGUCCAAGCGUCGAUCGGAAAGUCUGUGAAAAGUCCAUCUGUACCAUCAAUGAGAGAAGCAGAUGCUCCUAUAGAUGCUGCGGACUCGGCUCAUGAUGGUGGAUCCGAAGGACCUGGUACACCGAAACCAGCACCCGCUCGUCCACAGCGCGCUUCGACACAAUUCGAUUUCGAUGCAUUCAUGGAGGCAAAUGCGUGGAAUACCGCACCCAGGGCUGCUCCUGGAUGGGUACACGAGCAAGCACAGCAGCAACCGCCGCAGGUACCUCCGCCUCCUGCUAUCACUGCUACAUCGACGAAGCGUGGUUCGCACUCACUUGUGCCGGCGAAGAAGCUCUCCGCUCCUCCACCUCCUGCGCCGCCUCCGAGGAUAGUCCACAUCCACUCGAGCGUCGUCCUCUUGGACAUGAGCGCCGGGAGCGAGAACACGGCACCAACGCCUCCGCCUCGUCCACAUGCGUUUUCACCCAGUUAUUCUCCUCCGGAUGCUACUCAUGGAUAUCCUCAUCAUCGCCAUCACGAGAGCACUGGGAGUGGAGGAGCAGGAGGAGCAGGCUUGGAGCAGACGUCUUCUGAUGCCUUUCGCGCGAAUCUAGCGUCUCGAGGGUCAGUCAAGGGAGCUCGAUGGGGAGCCCACCGGAGGAUAGAUGUUGGCGGGCGAGAGGAUAGUCUCCCGAUCGAAGCUCAUCCACCACCUGUCUAUAGCACCGACGGUGAAGGCGGCGACGAGUUGAUCGAGAGCGGUGGACCUCCCGCGCGUCUUGAAAAGGGCGCGCUCCCACUCAAUGAAGAAUUCAAGAGGAGAUGUUUGGCCGUUCUGCACGAGUACAAUGUGACACAAGACAAGUAUCCCAAUCUAGAUGUCAUGAUCACGCAAGGUAUUCAGAUUGUGGGGAACAAUAGACAGAUGAUGCGACUUGCCGCGGAGAGCAACGCUCAUGCGCGCGAGACGAUUCUCAGCGAAGAGGUGCCAAACGUCGUCAACCGCGUCUUGGCGAUGAUCCAACGAGGAAGUAGCGGCAACUAUGUCUGA